AAUUCUGGAUACCCGUAUACUCACUUCCCACUCAGUCCAGUCUUAUCCCACAAAUUUUCCAAAACACUCAGACAGAAUGCAGACACUAUCAUCAGUGCCUUCACUGAGAGUGAGAGUAGCGGUUAGAGCUUCAUGGGACACGCAACCGAGGCUUACAUACAACCCCAAUGCCCCACGAAAACCCCCCAAAAACCCCAACACCACUCUCAAAGCUAAAACCCCACAACCACAGACACCACCAACUGUCACUUUAACUGUCCCAACUGCUGACCUUCUCAAACGCUCCACAGUAGAAGAAAAAGUGGAGCCAGAUGAAUCUUAUCUGGGUUACGAGCGAUGGUUGCCAAGUCCUCCAAAAGUGCAGAAGCCUCAAUCUGUGUUCAACGCAGCAUCAUUAGCAUAUAUCGGUGAUUGCAUCUAUGAGCUAUAUGCUCGCAGGCACUUUUUGUUCCCUCCUCUGAAUAUUGAAGAAUUCAAUGAUCGAGUGACUGCAGUUGUACGUUGCGAAGCUCAAGAUGCAUUGCUCCAGAAACUUCUUAAUGAUAAUUACUUAUCAGAAGAAGAAAGGAAUGUUCUUCGCUGGGGAAAGAACAUUGGUUCAGCUAAAACACGUACAAAAAAACGUGCUGGUGCAGCAGUUUAUAAUAGAGCAUCUUCACUGGAGACAUUAGUUGGUUAUCUCUACCUAACAAAUGUGAAACGCUUGGAAGAAAUCAUGCUAAAGUUGGGAUUCUCAAUUGAUUCUUCUAUGCAGUUGGUUUUGGACGAAGCAAAGAGCAAGUAAAAUAGUUAGGUGGUCAAUAGUUCUCCAAUUCACUAAUCUUCAAACUUUUUUCCUUUCUUGGUCCAGGCCAGCCAGGAGUAUAUGUACUUGAAGAUGGCAUUGAAGCCAGGCUUACAUGGAAUGUUGAGAGACCCCAUUUUGUGUCUUUACAUCUGGUGAAGAGGAUCAGAUAAAAUAUUAAUUUGUUGCCUUACUCUUGGAGCUAGAACCUGUUUGUAACCAGCAAAAUUGCUUAUUUGGCAUCAAACUUUCUCUGUGUACUAUUUUAUCUAAAGAAAAGUGCUUAAUUUCUCAUAUUA